AUGGCGGGUCCCGCAGCGGCAGGCCUGGCAGGAGCGGCGGGACGGGAAUCUCCCAGCGGCGUCGAAGGAGCCAACCGGCGCAGGCUGGCGGCCGGGCGGGCACUUCCGGGUCACCUCCCCUUCCGGCGGCCGGGCCCUCUCGCGAGAGCGCGGCCCCCUCCCGAGGGCCGCGGCGUUGCCAUGGUGACCGCCGGGUCCGCGCCGCGGCCGCGGGGCCACUGUGAGGAGCCGGAGAGACACAUCUAUUCAAUCCCCAAGGCCAAGGAAAGGCUGAUGGACAGGCCCCCCCCAGAGCCUGAGAGGCCUCCAGACACUGAGCCUUUGGAGAGCCCACAACUGGAGAAAGAGGCAGCUGAGCAGGAAUGGCCUGUGUCUGAAGUCCAAGGCGGGAACACAGCGGGAAGGCCGCUCCGUGGAGCACAGCCCUGGGUGAGAAGGGGUGUGGGCGCUCUCUGCCUGGGCCAGGGUCACGGAGGAAAGGACGUUGCUGGGAAAAGAGUGCUGCCGGAAAGGCCAGAAAAGGCCCAUCUCUACGGAGGAAGCCUGGGCUAAGGCAGCCACAGGGACCGGCUGCAAGUGGGCACCAGGCACUUUUGGAGGCCGAUGGAAAUAUUCUUAUAACUGCCCACUCCUGGGCAUCGUUCCAGAGAAAACCAUGUUGAAAAGAUACCUGUA